CACGCUGACAUUCCCAUUCUCUCUCUCUCUUCAAAUUUCAAACUUUGUGCGUUUCAUUGGUUUCAAUCACCAAAUCCGCCAUACCCACUUCCUAAAGAUCCGAUAUUUUCUCUCCCGAGAAUCUCGAUUUUCUCAACCCGUAUCUUCUUCUUCGUCGGGCUCUUCGUUGUUUAUCCUCUCACGCGAAUUCUCUCUCCGAUCGCACUCCUUCACUAACUAGAAUUGUGGGCAAGAUGAGAAUCAUGCGGUGGCCGCCGUGGCCGCCUCUCACCGCCGCGAAAUUCGAGGUGGUCGUCGUCAUUCUUCGGAUGGACGGUCUGGAUUCAUCCCGAUUUGACGGCGAUGAAGAGGGUUGCGGUGGUGGUCGGAGGCCGAGGAAGAGACCCGUGGUAGAGGUCAAGUGGAAGGGACCGAGAACGGUGGCUCUGAAACGCUCUGUCGUCCGGAAUUUGACCGAGGAAGGCGGCUGCAGAGGCGAUGGUGUCGUCGAGUGGAAUGAGGAAUUCAAGAGGGACUGUGAUUUCGCCGUCUACAAGGACGGCUUGUUCCUGCCAUGGGAGAUUGCUUUUACUGUCUUCAAUGGGAUUAAUCAAGGAUCAAAGGAGAAAAUUCCCAUCAUUGGAAAGGCAUUGCUGAAUAUUGCAGGACACUGUUCACCUCUGCAAGAAGAUGAUGUUCCAGUCGAAGUCCCUCUCAAGAUCUCGGGAACUCCAUCUUCGUCAUGUCCAUGUCUUCAUAUAUCACUUCAGUUUACCCCAAAAGAAUCAUCUCCCGGGAGACAAAGAUCGGUUCUACCUGUGUUGUGGUCUCCUUGUUCCAUGGAGGCUCCCUCAAACGAGAAAGCCGAGACUGCUGUAAAAGCGGGUCUGAGAAAGAUCAAAACUUUCAAUCAUUGCAUGUCAAUUGGCCAAGGGGUGAGAAAAGAUAACACUCGGGGUGCAACCAGUGACAGCGAAGGCAAAAGCCCUGAUAGAAAUCUCGAUACCGAGUCAAGUGAUCCCUUUGAUACAGAUUCUCUGGAUGAAAUUGCUGGGGAUUUUUCAGAAGAGAGUAGAGAGGAUGGAAGUGCUUCCGAUCCAGUUAACUACAAGACAUUGCCAUAUGCCAUUUGGGGUAGAAGCUCGUUUCACGCCAAUAUAGACCCAGGAGAUGAGGGUUUUGUUUAUUACAGCCACCGAAGGUCAGACCUCGAGCAUUCUCGUGAAGAGAAUUCAUCUGGGCAGCUGUCGAAGAAGAGGAUGCUAUCAUGGAAGAAGAGAAAACUGAGCUUCAAAUCUCCCAAAGGCAAGGGCGAGCCUCUUCUGAAAAAAGAUUGUCUUGAAGAAGGUGGAGACGAUAUUGAUUUCGACAGAAGACAUCUAAGUUCAUCGGAUGAGUCUUUCUCGGAGUGGUACAAAUCCAAUGAUUCAGCCAUGAAGCGAUCAUCUAACUCGGAGUUUGGAGACGAGAACUUCGUUGUCGGAAGCUGGGAGACUAAGGAAAUCGCAAGCCGGGACGGGAUAAUGAAGCUUACGGCUCAAGUCUUUCUCGGUUCGAUUGACCAACGGAGCGAGAGUGCGGCCGGAGAGAGCGCCUGCACGGCCUUGGUUGCGGUCAUAUCCCAUUGGUUGCAAUCCAACAAAGGAGUAAUGCCGACGAGGUCGGAGUUUGAUAGCCUUAUCAGAGAAGGGUCAACAGAAUGGAGAAAUCUGUGCGAGAACGAGGAGUAUCGGGAACGUUUUCCGGACAAACAUUUCGACCUCGAGACCGUCCUCCUGGCCGGAAUCCGUCCCCUCUGCGUUGUUCCGGAGAAAUCUUUCAUCGGGUUCUUCCAUCCAGAGAAAUCAGGGGAAGAACUAGAAGAAGAAGAAGAAGAGACUGGUCUCGACUUUCUCCAUGGAGUGAUGUCCUUCGACAGUAUCUGGGAAGAGAUCAUCAAGCAAGAGCAAGAUUCAACGACCGAAAACGACGAGCCCUUCGUCUACAUCGUGAGCUGGAACGACCAUUUCUUCGUCCUUCUCAUCAACCACGACGCUUACUACAUCAUCGACACGCUGGGAGAGAGGCUCUACGAGGGCUGCAACCAAGCCUACAUCUUGAAAUUCGACAAAGACGCAGAGAUCCAGAGGCUACCACCCGCCAUUGACACCACCACCACCACCACCACCCCUUCAAACCCGAAACCCGACGUCAAGAACGAGCCGGAAUCGGCAUCUCCAGAGGAACCCAAGCAAAGCGAAGUGAUUUGCAGAGGUAAAGAAUCAUGCAGAGAGUACAUAAAGAGCUUCCUCGCUGCAAUACCCAUAAGGCAACUCAAAGCCGACAUGAAGAAGGGACUCGUCUCGUCUUUUCACCACCGUCUCCAAAUCGAAAUCCACCGAACCAUGGCUGAAUCUUCAGACAGUUCUGCAGCAAGAACGAUGAUGACUGAUACCGUUUCCGAAGCUGCUUCUGUACCUGUGGCUGCGGCGUGAAACGGCUGAGAUUUUCAGGGUUUUAAAGAUUGGAGAAUUGUAUAGGGAAGAAAAGGGAGAGGCUUUCUCGCUUGGCGGCUCGUAAGAACCAAAGCUGAAACUGAAGGCUUCUCUCGUUUGAUUCUUUGGUGGGUGUUUUUAUAUACAAACUUUUGUUUUGUGGCCAAGCUUGUUCAUAGUUUUCUCCUUAUGGUCCUAAAAAACGGUACAACUAACUUCUUCUUGGGUACAUAAUUAGUUCCUAUAACUCUGGCAUUUUACAAUAAAUUAUUUCGGUUUGGUUA